UUGCUAGGGUUUCUUCUCAAAGAUAAAAAUGUUUUUAAAACAGAGUGAUGGGUGCAUAAUUUUAAUGACAUACUAAGAAAGCACUACUAGAUUGUAUACUUUCAAAGAAUGAACUUAGUACAUAAGUGUAUUACAUACCUGUAAACCCAUUAUUAUUGAAAGAUAAAUUAUGUUUAUUUCAUGUGUAUGUAUAUCUUGCCUACAUGUAUGUGUGUUCACUGUGUGCAUGUCUGGGCCUGUGACAAUGCAAGAGGAUUUGGAUAGCCUAUAAUUGGCUUUGAAGAUGGUUGUGAGCUGCCUUGUAGGUGUUAUUGUAGGUUGCAGGAUUUGUAGCUGACAGAUAUUGAGGAUUUCCUUUGUCCUCCAGUAGCAACAGGUUUCCUUCCAAUCUUAUGAACUCUGGUUAGUAGGGUGAAGAGUCUAGUUAGACCCAGCUCAACCUAUUGCACUGUGAUGACAGAAAGGUGACCUUCAGAAAUCAGUCCUAACCAUCACAUUGUGUAGACCAUCCAACAGUCUUGGCACUAGCCUGUGCUGAUAGUUGAGGCUUUAUGUAGGACCCUUUGGUUAAUGACUCAACAGGUUGCAACCCAUUCCUCUUACUGGAGGUGUAACUUGGUGGCACAGGAUGUGUAGUUGGAGCCUUGUCUCCUCUGUCAGUUUUUGGCUCCAUAAGGAUCCCUUGCGGAUAAAUCCCAUAUGGAUAAAUCCCAUACGGAUAAAUCCCAUACGGAUAAAUGUAUAGGAGGCUGCUAGAGUAGCCAAUUUCCAUAUAGCUUUUCAAAGGGCCUUUAGUGUUUGUGGUCCCUCCCCUUAUUUCCUACUUUACCUAGGCCUGCAUGCCAGGGCUGUGGGUGCUUACAUAACCGAAGGAAACUGACCCUCUACAUUAUCAGGUAGGAAUCCCUGGGCAGCCAACAAGGGUGACCUGGAUACAAUGGAGAGACUCAACUCCAGUCAAUAUCAUGUUGAUGAAUAGGAGGGGCAGGUAACAGAGCCUGAAAGAGGUGAGGGCAGUGGAAGGGUGUACCCCAUGCCUCUACCUUUCUCUCCCAAUUGCCUAUUAAACCCUCCUGUUCUAGCUUUUCUUUCUCUCUUUAUAACACUAUACACUACUUCCUCUUCCUUGGGAGAUAGCAUUCUCCCACUGGUUUCUUACAAGAUAGUAAUCCUGUGUGGUUAUUUAGAUUGUAGAUCUCAUUUCAGAUCCUUGAACACUAACAUCCUUAAAAGAGGCCACAUAACAUAUUUGUGGUGUUGGGUCUGGGUUUGGCAACACAGGAUGAUCAUUUUUGCCCCAUCAGGCCAGUUAGGUCCACAUAUUGGCAGGGCUGCAGGGUUGCAAAGGAUAUGAACCAUCACCUAACUCCCCUCAGUAUUCCCUUUGAAGGCCAUGCACGAAGAUCUAGUGCAGAGUCAAAACUGACAGUGCUUUGCCCAGGCACCCAGGAGGGUGGGCUCCUGCCACCACAGUCUGAGGCAGCCAUGCAUAGAGCAUAAGCAUAGCACCAUUGUGUGCUCAGAGCAUGUCACUGUGGUUAUGCUAGCAGAGCUGUACUGCUGCUACCUGCUGAAGUACAGUUCACUUCACAGUGAACUGGCUGUGCUCUCCUGCUUUUUACUUGCAAGACUUGCCUUUUUUUUGUUAUUGUUUUGUUUCUUUCUUUAAUUAUAGAAUUUUGGAGGCAGUGAUCAGCUAAAGGGAAGGGAAGAGAGGGAAGAGGGUUCGUGGGCGGCCCUAGGCUCCAAUAAUGGAGGAAGUCCUCAAUGAUGACACCCAGACAGUAAAUAUUCGCAGAAGGGGACGCUGGUACACCCGCCUGUGGCAUUCAUGUCUGGGCCUUAGAUGCAUGCGUCCUCAAAAAAAAAAGAAAUUUCGUCUCCACUGGAUUGGCUAUGAUCCUAUAGGUCCAUUACAACGAGCAGCUAGUAUGGGUGACCUGGAUACAGUGGAAAGAUUAAUCCACUCCAGUCAACAUCAUGUGGAUGAAUCUGAUAGAAGGAACAGGACGUCACUCCAUUAUGCAUGUGCCCACAACCAUCCAGACGUGGUGGCACUAUUAUUAGAAAAUAAUUCCAGCAUUGAUAUCCUGGAUGAUGCAGGCUGUACACCCUUGAUUAAGGCCACCCAACGAGACAAUGUGGAUUGUGUUUCUGUAUUGCUCACCCACAAUGCGGAUCCAAAUCUGAUAGAUUUCAGUGGGAACACAGCCUUCCACCAUGCUGCAUCCAGGGGUAACAUAAGUAUUGUAAAAAUGCUCCUUGAGCACAACGUAGACAUUGAAGCCAAAACAGAGUAUGGCAUGACACCGUUGCAACUUGCAGAAUUUGAAGAGAAACCUGAAAUGGUAGAAUUUUUAGCAGCGAAGUGUGCAAAAAGCACUGGAUCAUCAGCUCAGAGAACUGAAGUGAAGCAUGUCAGGUUUAACGAAGAAGUCUUAUAUUUUGAAGAGGAAAGGCCUUUGUCCUGUGGAGCAAGACCACCAGGACAGCUUAAAUCCAUCUUGAAAAACUCUGUCCAGUAUAAUACAGUUAUUGAGAAAAUUACUAGAAGAACAUCACUUGGUUUCCUGGAUUCCAAGAAUGGUUUGUACAGGUGUUCAAAAGCAGAAGAUGUCAGGUAUACUUCCUGUAUCAAGGAAGAAUCUAGCAAAACUUUACUUAGACCACAGAAGAGGAUGCAAAAGGGUUUUGUGGGUUUUUGGAGUUCUGGAGUUUAUGUGUGUUCUCGGGGAGAGCCGAUACCUAACAGUUGUGAAGAAAAAGCAUCCCUAAUGGUGCGAGGAAAUAAACCACCUAUUUUCCUUCCUGUUCCUGGGAAGCAGGGAAUUUAUGUGCUUGAGGCUCCUGGUGACAUUGAGCCAACUCAACCCACAAGUGCUGCUGACAGCAGGGCUCCUGCUGAUGCUGAGCCAAAUUCUUCCACCUGUGCUGCUGUCAAUGGGGCUCCUGUUAAUGUUGAGCCAACUCCUUCACAACUUGCACCUGACAGUGGUGCUCCUGCUGAUGUUGAGCCAACUACUUCCCAGUGUGCUCCUGACACCAGGGCUCCUGCUGACAUAGAACCAACUCCUUCACAAAGUGCUCCUGACAUUCCUGCUCCUCCUGAUAUUGAGAAAAUUACUUCCCCAUGUCCUUCUGACAGUUCUGAAUCUGAUGAAAAACAUGACUUAGAAACAGGUGAGGAACCCAGUCCUGUUGCUGACCUAGAUGAAGAUAUAGCUGAGGAUUUUUAUGACGCUUUAGAGUCAGCCGAUCUCACUGGCCAUAGCGGGUCCACUGUCCAGGUACCUGGUUUUCUUUGGGAACCAGAUAUGCUACUGCUGCUGGUAAUGCCCUUGAUGUGGUUUCUUACAUUCCUGUUAUCAAUGAUGAUGUGGAUUAGAAAUCAAAUUCGGCAAGUGUGGUAUGAAGAAAAUGGCCAAGGACCUUCCUCCAACAGAAAAGAUAAACCCAAUGCCGCUGGAGCUGAACUCUCCAACACACACUGAUAUAUCCAGACAAAAUGUGUGAGGAAGAUGUUUAUUAUACAUAUGUAAAUAUAUAAAUUUUAUAUAUAAAUAAAAUGUUUUAUCUGA